AUGGCCAUGCCAAUGGCUCAAGGUGUUAAAUUAGGUUCCAAGGCUGUUGAAAAAUGGUUAAAGAAACUUCCUCAUGCAAAGCAAAAGGUAACUAAAUUUCAUUUCUAUUUUCACAACAAAGUUAGUGCGAAAAUUCCAACUGCAGUCCAAAUAGCCCAAUCAAACAUGACUGCCAAAUACCCAACUUCCUUUGGAUUUGUUACAAUGAUAGGCGACCCACUAACAGUUGGACCAGAGUCUAACUCGACAAUAGUAGGUCAAGCCCAAGGGAUUUAUGGUUCAGCUGAUCAAGAUAAGGGUGCCCUUCUCAUGACCCUAAAUUUUUGUGUUCACAACUGGAAAGGAAUCGCCAACGGAAGAUUUAUUGGUUCAAUAGGACUAAUGGGAUGCUGUUGUUGA